UGACACGGUCGCCAUUUUAUUAGAGAGAAUUACACAGCGGUGCGGGGGGAGACGAGCAGCUUUUAUAUUCCUACACCAACAUUACAGUCAAAAACAACUGCGGAACAUGAGCAGCAGCACCUAGUUUUUAUGAGCAGAGAUGUCACUCUUGAACCUGCACUGAAGGACUGCACACUGAAUCACAACCCACCAAGUAGUAGCCUGUUGGAACACACAGACACUUCAACACCUGUGGGGGGGGAGGGGAGUAAAGGUAACUUUAUCAUCGAAGUGACUAAAGGGGAAUAAUGGUGAUUUUGCGCCGGGCUCGGCCGCCUGCUUCCGCCCCAACCAGCAAUGAAUCUUGACUCGCUCUCGCUGGCUUUGUCUCAAAUCAGCUACCUGGUGGACAAUUUAACCAAGAAAAACUACAGAGCCAGCCAGCAAGAGAUACAGCAUAUUGUGAAUCGUCACGGCCCUGAGGCAGACAGACAUCUAUUACGUUGUCUCUUUUCCCAUGUGGAUUUCAGUGGCGAUGGUAAAAGCAGUGGCAAAGAUUUCCACCAGACACAAUUUCUGAUUCAGGAGUGUGUGUCUCUCAUCACAAAACCAAAUUUCAUUUCAACUCUCUGCUACGCUAUUGACAAUCCUCUGCACUAUCAGAAGAGUUUGAAGCCAUCACAACAUUUGUUUCCUCAACUAAGCAAAGUUCUAAAGCUAAGCAAGGUUCAGGAGGUUAUCUUUGGCCUUGCUCUUUUAAACUCCGGUUACGCAGACCUUCGAGGGUUUGCUGCACAGUUUGUAAAGCAGAAGCUCCCAGAUCUCCUGCGCUCAUACGUGGACGCAGACCUUGGAGGGAGCCAAGAAGGUGGCUUUCAGGACAUUGCCAUAGAGGCUCUGCACUUGCUCCUCUCGCACCUACUGUUUGGGCAGAAGGGCUCCAGCGGAGUCGGGCAAGAACAGAUCGACGCUUUCCUCAAAACACUGUGCAGAGAUUUCCCGCAGGAGCGCUGUCCUGUGGUGCUUGCACCACUGCUUUACCCUGAGAAACGGGACAUUCUUAUGGACAGGAUCCUGCCAGACUCUGGAGAGUUAGCCAAGACCAUGAUGGAGAGUUCUCUUGCAGACUUUAUGCAAGAAGUUGGUUAUGGCUUUUGUGCAAGCGUUGAUGAAUGUAGGAAUAUAAUCCUGCAGUAUGGGGUGCGUGAGGUGACAGCCAGCCAGGUGGCCAGAGUGUUGGGCAUGAUGGCUCGCACUCAUUCUGGCCUUUCUGAUGGAAUCCCGCUACAGUCCAUCUCCGCUCCAGGCAGUGGCAUCUGGAGUGAUGGAAAGGACAAAAGCGAUAGCUCCCAGCUCCACACCUGGAAUGUAGAAGUUCUGAUUGAUGUUGUUAAGGAACUCAACCCCAAUCUGAAUUUUAAGGAGGUCACCUAUGAGCUGGACCAUUCAGGCUUUAUGAUCCGGGACAGUAAAGGACUGCAGAUGGUGGUGUUUGGUAUCCAGAGGGGGUUGGGUUUGGAGGUCUUCCCUGUGGAUCUCAUCUAUAGACCAUGGAAGCAUGCUGAGGGCCAGCUCUCAUUUAUCCAGCAGUCCUUGAUGAGUCCAGAGGUGUUCUGCUUUGCAGAUUACCCCUGUCACACUGUUGCCAUCGACAUCCUUAAAGCUCCACCUGAGGAUGACAACCGGGAGAUAGCAACAUGGAAAAGCCUGGACCUUGUAGAGAGUCUUCUACGACUGUCUGAGGUGGGCCAGUACGAACAGGUCAAGCAGCUUUUCAGCUUCCCUAUCAAGCACUGCCCGGAUAUGCUGGUGCUAGCCCUGCUACAAAUCAGCACGUCCUGGCAUACGCUGCGCCAUGAGCUCAUCUCCACAUUAAUGCCCAUCUUUUUAGGCAACCACCCCAACUCUGCCAUCAUCCUGCACUAUGCCUGGCAUGGGCAGGGCCAGUCUCCAUCUAUUCGACAGCUCAUCAUGCACUCUAUGGCAGAAUGGUACAUGAGAGGUGAACAGUAUGACCAGGCCAAACUCUCGCGCAUCCUGGAUGUUGCUCAGGACUUGAAGUCUCUAUCUAUGCUGCUAAAUGGUACUCCAUUUGCCUUUGUUAUUGAUCUUGCUGCACUUGCCUCUCGCCGAGAAUACCUCAAACUUGAUAAAUGGCUGACUGAUAAAAUCAGAGAACAUGGGGAGCCCUUUAUCCAGGCGUGUGUGACUUUCCUGAAAAGACGCUGUCCCACCAUCAUGGGAGGCCUCGCUCCAGAAAAGGACCAGCCUAAAAGUGCACAACUGCCUCCAGAAACUCUUGCCACUAUGCUGGCCUGCCUGCAGUCCUGUGCAGGGAGUGUUUCUCAAGAGCUGUCGGAAACCAUUCUGACCAUGGUGGCUAACUGUAGCAAUGUAAUGAACAAGGCACGCCAGCCGCCGCCAGGAGUUAUGCCAAAGGGCCGUGCUCCCAGCACCAGCAGCCUGGAUGCCAUCUCCCCGGUGGACCCUCUUACUGCAAUGGGCUCUCUAAGUCUGAGCAGCACAGCUACAUCUCACACACAGAACAUGCCAGGAUUCCCUGCACCACUGAGUUCAGCAUUUAGCAACCCUCAGUCCCCUGCCAAGGCCUUUCCCCCUCUGACCAAUCCCAACCCCAGCACCGCCUUUGGUGGAAUUAGCAGCCUAUCUUCCCAGCUACCAGGUCCGUUAACAUCAGCCAGAUUAAGUGGCAUUGGUUCAGGAAUAAGCAUGCCAGCAGUGAGCAGUGAUCCGUUUGGUCCGAGGAAGAUGAGCUCAUCAGGAAUGAACCCACCCACCUUCCAGCAUUCUGACCUGUCUCAGGUGUGGCCCGAGGCGAACCAGCACUUUAGUAAGGAGAUCGACGAUGAGGCCAACAGCUACUUUCAGCGAAUCUACAACCACCCUCCUCACCCUACCAUGUCUGUGGAUGAGGUGCUGGAAAUGCUACAGAGGUUUAAGGACUCGAACAUAAAGCGGGAGCGGGAGGUUUUUAACUGCAUGCUGAGGAACCUGUUUGAGGAGUACCGCUUCUUCCCUCAGUACCCGGAUAAAGAGCUGCACAUUACAGCCUGUCUGUUUGGAGGCAUCAUAGAGAAGGGCUUGGUCACCUACAUGGCACUUGGGCUCGCCUUGCGAUACGUCCUGGAGGCCUUGCGCAAGCCUUAUGACACUAAAAUGUAUUACUUUGGUAUUGCUGCACUGGAUCGGUUUAAAAACAGAUUGAAGGAUUAUCCGCAGUAUUGUCAGCACUUGGCAUCCAUUGGCCAUUUUCUGCAGUUUCCCCACCAUCUGCAGGAGUAUAUAGAGUACGGUCAGCAGUCUCGUGACCCUCCUGUAAAGAUGCAGGGUUCCAUCACCACACCAGGCAGUUUGGCUCUUGCUCAGGCUCAGGCUCAGUCUCAGCCCCCCAAAGUACCUCCUCCAGGCCAGGCCUGCACCUUGGUGACCACCACGACGACCACCACAACCGUUGCCAAAACCUCCACCAUCACCCGGCCCACUGCAGUAGGUUUUAAGAAGGAUGUGCCACCUUCAAUUAACACCACAAACAUCGACACGCUACUGGUGGCCACAGAUCAAACCGAAAGAAUUGUGGAGCCUCCAGAGAACGUGCAGGAGAAAAUAGCCUUUAUUUUCAACAACCUUUCCCAAUCCAACAUGUCUCAAAAGGUUGAAGAGCUGAAAGAGACUGUGAAGGAAGAGUUUAUGCCCUGGGUGUCUCAGUACCUUGUGAUGAAACGUGUCAGCAUCGAGCCAAACUUCCACAGUCUUUAUUCCAACUUCCUGGACACACUGAAAAACCCAGAGUUUGUUAAAAUGGUUCUAAACGAGACCUACAGGAACAUUAAGGUUCUCCUUACCUCUGACAAGGCAGCUGCUAAUUUCUCUGAUCGAUCCCUGCUAAAGAACUUGGGCCACUGGCUUGGCAUGAUCACUCUGGCAAAGAACAAACCCAUCCUUUAUACUGAUUUGGAGCUGAAGUCUCUGUUACUGGAGGCUUAUGUAAAAGGCCAGCAAGAACUGCUUUAUGUGGUCCCCUUCGUGGCUAAAGUUCUGGAGUCCAGCCUGCGUAGUGUGGUUUUCAGACCACAGAACCCUUGGACUAUGGCUAUCAUGAAUGUAUUAGCAGAGCUACACCAAGAGCAUGAUCUGAAGCUAAACCUGAAGUUUGAGAUUGAGGUGCUUUGUAAAAACCUGUCUCUGGACAUUAAUGAUCUGAAGCCAGGUAACCUGCUGAAAGACAAAGAUAAACUGAAGAAUCUCGAAGAGCAGCUGUCUGCACCGAAAAAAGAAACCAAACCACCUGAAGAAAUGCUGCCAGUAGUUACCACAGGGGACUUCUCUGCCUUUUCAGCCGCCCCCUCCACUCCAGCUGCUACAGCAACCGCCACCACCACAGGGCCACCAACUCCACAGUUCAGCUACCAUGACAUCAAUGUUUAUGCACUGGCGGGCUUGGCCCCUCACAUUAACAUCAACAGCAAUAUCCCCCUGCUGCAGGCACAUCCUCAGCUGAAGCAGUGUGUAAGGACUGCCAUCGAACGUGCUGUACAAGAGCUCGUUCAUCCUGUGGUUGACCGCUCCAUCAAGAUAGCCAUGACCACAUGUGAGCAGAUUGUUCGAAAGGACUUUGCUCUGGACUCUGAGGAAUCGCACAUGCGUGUCGCAGCUCACCACAUGAUGCGCAACCUAACUGCUGGUAUGGCCAUGAUCACCUGCAGAGAGCCGCUAGUGAUGAGCAUUGCCACCAACCUGAAGAAUGCUUUUGCUGCUGCUCUCAGGGCUCCUACACCUCAGCAAAGGGAUAUGAUGGAGGAAGCUGCUGCUCGCGUUGCUCAAGACAACUGUGAGCUGGCCUGCUGCUUUAUCCAGAAGACAGCUGUGGAGAAAGCUGGACCCGAGAUGGACAAGAGAUUGGCCACUGAGUUUGAACUGAGGAAACAUGCUCGUCAGGAAGGCAGACGUUACUGUGACCCCAUGGUGCUCACUUAUCAAGCAGAGCGUAUGCCAGAGCAAAUCCGGCUCAAGGUGGGUGGUGUGGACCCUAAACAGCUGGCUGUUUAUGAGGAGUUUGCUCGCAAUGUGCCAGGAUUUCUGCCAAGCAAUGAUCUUUCUCAACCCACUGGAUUCCUUGCCCAGCCUAUGAAGCAACAGCAGGCUUGGCCCACAGAUGACAUGGCUCACAUCUAUGAUAAGUGCAUCUCUGAUUUGGAGCAGCACCUGCAUGCCAUCCCACCAGCACUGGCCAUGAAUCCACAAGCCCAGGCCCUCCGCAGCCUGCUUGAGGCUGUUGUGAUGGCACGUAACUCUCGUGAUGGCAUCACUGCCCUGGGUCUGCUCCAGAAGUCUGUUGAGGGCCUGUUGGAUGCCACCAGUGGUGCUGAUGCAGAGUUGCUGCUAAGCUACAGAGAGUGCCAUCUGCUGGUGCUGAAGGCAUUGCAGGACAGCCGUGCCUACGGACCACAGUGGUGUAACAAACAGAUCACUAGGUGCCUAAUUGAAUGUCGGGAUGAGUACAAGUACAACGUCGAGGCAGUGGAGCUCCUGAUCAGAAAUCACUUGGUCAACAUGCAGCAAUACGACCUUCACCUUGCCCAGUCGAUGGAGAACGGCCUGCACUACAUGGCGGUGGCGUUUGCUAUGCAGCUGGUUAAGCUGCUGCUUGUGGAUGAACGGAGUGUGAGCCACAUUACAGAGGCAGAUCUGUUCCACACCAUCGAGACCCUCAUGAGGACCUGUGCACACUCCAGAGCCAAUGCACCUGAAGGCCUGCCACAGCUGAUGGAUGUUGUCCGCUCUAACUACGAAGCCAUGAUUGACCGGCACCAUGGAGGACCCAAUUUUAUGAUGCAUUCUGGGAUUUCACAAGCUUCUGAAUAUGAUGACCCUCCAGGCCUUCGUGAAAAAGCAGAGUAUCUGCUAAGAGAGUGGGUCACUUUGUACCACUCUGCAGCUGCUGGCAGAGACAGUACCAAAGCCUUCUCUGCCUUUGUUGGCCAGAUGCAUCAGCAAGGCAUUCUGAAGACUGAUGACCUCAUCACUCGUUUCUUCCGCUUGUGCACAGAAAUGUGCGUAGAGAUCAGUUACCGUGCUCAGGCCGAACAGCAGCACAACCCAGCCGCCAGCGCAUCGAUUAUCCGCUCCAAAUGCUACCAAAACCUGGAUGCUUUUGUGCGCCUCAUUGCCCUGCUUGUCAAACAUUCCGGAGAGGCCACGAACACAGUCACCAAGAUCAACCUCCUAAAUAAGGUCUUGGGCAUUGUAGUGGGCGUGCUGAUCCAGGAUCAUGAUGUGCGGCAGACGGAUUUCCAACAGUUGCCAUACCACCGCAUCUUCAUUAUGCUGCUGCUUGAACUCAACGCUCCAGAGCAUGUACUGGAGACCAUCAACUUCCAGACCCUCACAGCCUUCUGCAACACCUUUCACAUCCUGAGGCCUACUAAAGCACCUGGUUUUGUAUAUGCCUGGCUGGAGCUCAUCUCACACAGAAUCUUUAUUGCCAGAAUGCUGGCACACACCCCACAGCAAAAGGGAUGGCCCAUGUAUGCACAGCUGCUGAUUGAUCUGUUUAAGUAUCUGGCCCCCUUCUUGAGAAAUGUGGAGCUCAACAAACCUAUGCAAAUCCUCUAUAAGGGCACCUUGCGAGUUCUUUUGGUCCUGCUGCACGAUUUCCCAGAGUUCCUGUGCGACUAUCACUAUGGUUUCUGUGAUGUGAUCCCACCCAACUGCAUUCAGCUGAGGAACCUGAUCCUGAGUGCCUUUCCCCGCAACAUGAGGCUUCCAGACCCCUUUACACCCAACCUUAAGGUGGACAUGCUUAGUGAGAUAAACAUUGCUCCCCGUAUUCUUACCAACUUUACUGGUGAGAUGCCCUCUCCGUUCAAGAAGGAUCUGGACUCGUACCUAAAGACCCGCUCCCCAGUAACGUUCCUCUCAGAGUUGCGCAGCAAUCUGCAGGUGUCCAAUGAGCCAGGCAACCGUUACAACAUCCAGUUGAUCAAUGCCCUGGUCCUGUAUGUAGGCACACAGGCCAUCGCCCACAUUCACAACAAGGGCAGCACACCCUCCAUGAGCACCAUCACCCACUCAGCACACAUGGACAUCUUCCAGAAUCUUGCUGUGGACCUGGACACUGAAGGUCGCUAUCUGUUCUUGAAUGCAAUAGCCAAUCAGCUGCGCUAUCCAAACAGCCACACGCACUACUUUAGCUGCACUAUGCUCUACCUGUUUGCUGAGGCCAAUGCAGAGGCGAUUCAGGAGCAGAUAACACGGGUUCUGCUGGAGAGGCUGAUUGUGAACAGGCCGCACCCCUGGGGACUUCUCAUCACUUUCAUUGAGCUCAUUAAGAACCCUGCCUUUAAGUUCUGGAGUCAUGACUUUGUACACUGUGCGCCAGAGAUUGAGAAGCUGUUUCAGUCUGUGGCUCAGUGCUGCAUGGGGCAGAAGCAGGCCCAGCAGGUGAUGGAGGGCACAGGUGCCAGUUAAGCUGCAGGAGCAAUCCCUCCUUGCGAGAAGGAAAAGCACCUCCUGUCUUCCUGUAGCCCUCCACCGAGGCCCUGCGCCCAUCCAAUUUGAUCAUCUUGACCAGCACUGGACCACCUUUUACCGGAACCUGGCCACACUAAAGAAUAUAGGGACAUUAUGAUUUACGAGGGGGGCUGUUGCUGUUAAACGGUGUAAAAAUGAACUUCAGUGUAAAUAUUCAGAUAAGGGAUGAGCAUAUUCUGCAUUACUCCCCCCCUUGCUAGCCAAAGCUCAAAUCUGACACAUGAGCAUGAACUCAUGCUUUAAACAUUUCUUUGUGUGGUACACACGGUCAUGCUUUUUCUUGCUCUCCUGCUCAUUUGAAAUCCCUCUUCCACCACCCUGAAUUUGAGAUUUUAUUUUAUUUUUCUUGCCUUUAAGACUGAUCUUUUUGGUUUGGAAGCUUUAUGCUAGUGGCGUACUUCAGAUUUUGUUUUAAAAGGAGAGCUGUGGGUGUGGAGAGGUGAGUGGCCAGACAGCUUCUGUUCUCGAGUGCAGUGGUGCUUUGGAGUCGCUAAUUUGCACCGUUUUAAGACAAUGGGUAGGAGGUUCUCCCUGGCACUUGUAAAAUUGUGAAAAUAUUCAAAAAAUUUGAUGGUAAUUUGAAUCUUUCAAGUUUGUAUAAAGAUCCAAAUUGCAGAACACAAAGGAGGACCAAUACAGGCCAUUUUGUAAGGAUUUUGAAUGUUUUGUAAAUGUAUUGGUCCGUGUGUUGAAUUUUCUAGUACUUUCUAGUUGCCUUUAGUUCUUGCUACUUAUUUCCUGUAUGUAUGCAUUCUGUAGUUGCCGCAUUAAAAACUUGAACAGCA